AUGGCUACCGAACUGACCGUGCAGAGCGAGCGCGCUUUCCAGAAGCAGCCUCACAUCUUCCUCAACAGCAAGACCAAGGUCAAGUCUGCCCGUCCGGGUAAGGGUGGCCGGAGAUGGUACAAGGACGUCGGCCUGGGCUUCCGUACCCCCGUUGCUGCCAUUGAGGGCCAGUACAUCGACAAGAAGUGCCCCUUCACCGGCCAGGUCUCCAUCCGCGGCCGUAUCUUGUCCGGUACCGUCGUUUCCACCAAGAUGCACCGCACCAUCAUCAUCCGUCGCGAGUACCUUCACUUCAUCCCCAAGUACAACCGUUACGAGAAGCGCCACAAGAACCUCGCCGCCCACGUCUCCCCCGCUUUCCGUGUUGAGGAGGGUGACAAGGUUACCGUUGGCCAGUGCCGUCCCCUUUCCAAGACUGUCCGCUUCAACGUUCUCCGCGUCCUUCCCCGCACCGGCAAGUCCGUCAAGCAGUUCGCCAAGUUCUAA